GCCGUGUCUGUUGUUGUGCGCGCCGUGCGGGUGGCGAGGCCGGCAGAAGAGAGUGCGCGCCCGGUCGUCGUCACCGUCGGCCUGCUGCCCCCCAACUCGUGGGCGUGGGACGUGGGUGGACAACGGGCCCCCUUGCUCCCGCGGGGCUCAGAGCCGCGGCUGCCGUUCCGCGAGCGUGCCGAGCCGCUGUGGGCCGGGGUCCGCUGCUCGGCGGGAAGGGGCUGCGGGAGUGCCCGCCGCCGUGGCGUUGGCGUCCCAGCCGGGAGCCCAGGCGCCCCUCGAGAGCACUCUCUCCCCUGUUGUGCAGGUUCGCGGGCGGCGUCAGCAUGGCUCAGCGGGCCUUCCCGAAUCCUUACGCCGAUUAUAACAAGUCCCUGGCCGAAUGCUACUUUGAUUCUACGGGGAAGCUGACUCCUGAGUUCUCACAGCGCUUGACCAAUAAGAUUCGAGAGCUCCUUCAGCAAAUGGAAAGAGGCCUAAAGUCAGCAGAUCCUCGGGAUGGCACCGGAUACACCGGCUGGGCAGGCAUUGCUGUGCUUUACUUACACCUCUAUGAUGUGUUUGGGGACCCUGCCUACUUGCAGAUGGCUCACGGCUAUGUAAAGCAAAGCCUAAACUGUUUGAGCAGGCGCUCCAUCACCUUCCUGUGCGGCGAUGCAGGCCCCCUGGCUGUGGCUGCUGUGCUGUAUCACAAGAUGAACAGUGAGAAGCAGGCAGAGGAUUGCAUCACCCGGCUCAUUCACCUAAAUAAGAUUGAUCCCCAUGCACCAAAUGAAAUGCUCUAUGGCCGCAUAGGCUACAUCUUUGCUCUGCUUUUUGUCAAUAAGAACUUUGGAGAGGAGAAGAUUCCUCAAAACCAUAUUCAGCAGGUUGGUGAAGCAAUCUUAAAUUCUGGGGAGAACCUAGCUAGAAAGAGAAAGUUCACAGCAAAGUCUCCACUGAUGUAUGAGUGGUACCAGGAAUAUUACGUGGGAGCUGCUCAUGGCCUGGCAGGAAUCUAUUACUACCUAAUGCAGCCCAGCCUUCAGGUGAGCCAAGCGAAGUUGCAUGGUUUGGUGAAGCCCAGUGUCGACUUUGUCUGCCAGCUGAAGUUCCCUUCUGGCAAUUACCCUCCGUGUCUGGAUGACACCAGAGACCUGCUUGUCCACUGGUGCCAUGGUGCCCCUGGCGUCAUCUACAUGCUCAUCCAGGCCUACAAGGUGUUCAAAGAGGAGCAGUACCUCUCUGCUGCCUACCAGUGUGCUGAUGUGGUCUGGCAGUAUGGACUGCUGAAGAAGGGCUAUGGGCUGUGCCAUGGUGCUGCAGGGAAUGCCUAUGCCUUCCUGGCGCUCUACAACCUCACACAAGAUGUAAAGUACCUGUACAGGGCCUGCAAGUUUGCUGAGUGGUGCUUAGAUUAUGGAGAGCAUGGAUGCAGGACACCGGACACCCCCUACUCCCUCUUUGAAGGGAUGGCUGGAACAAUAUAUUUCUUGACCGACCUGUUAGUCCCCACAAAGGCCAAGUUCCCUGCAUUUGAACUGUAAAAGGAAAGCAUAUCCCCUGCAGCAUGACCUGUGUAUUCCAGCCUGGGCUAAGUGCUAAGUGUUUCUGUUGCUUUGGAAGGCGCAGAAUGAAACUGUGUACUUGAUGUUGUUGGGUUUUUAUUUCCAUACUUUGUUUUCAGCAGUUCAGCACCUUCCUUUAAUUAUUUACUUUUAUUUCAAAGUGUAAGUGAAAGCCAGCUUAAUUUUCUUCCAAAGGGAAGGAUAAUUGACAGGUAUAGUAUUUUGUGGCCAUUUACAUGUAUUUACAGACUUGGAGGAAAUCUUACUCUUAUUUAAUUUUAUGGCUGUAAUCAUGUGUUAGUGUUCUUUAAAAUGUUUUCUAAAAAUUCAGUAAGCCAUGACUGGUAGCAUGCUAGCCUAUCUACUAAAGAGACUAAGGCAGGAGAAUCACAAGUUCAAGGCCAACCUGAGCAACUUAGUGAUACCCCCAUUUCAGAAUAAAGAGGAGAGAGAGAUCUUGGGAAUAGCUGAGUGGUAGAACACAUUUCUAGUAUACAAAGGCCCUCGGUUCUGUCCCCAGCACUCAGGUGUACACACACACACACACACACACACACACACACACACACACACACACACGUCAGCACAGGUGGACAGAUUGUAUAUAAGUGGCCAUUGUUGAAUAUUGCGUUCCAUCUCUUCUGUUGUAUAUUUUUCCUCCAACAGAGAGUAGCUUUAUGACUUGGUUUUCUCCAAAUGGUUCAUUAUUUAGGGGGACAAAAAUAUAAUCCAUGCUUCUGGAAGAAAAACUGUAAGAAUUACAGACUAGACUUGGGACCUAAAAGUCAUUUUUUAAACUUCUAGUUCCUGUCUGAACUAGAAAUACUAUUUCCAGUGAACCACAUGGGCACUGUAUUCCAGCAAUGUUGUCAGAACUUAAAAAUGGUUGUGGUGCACAUUCUGAUCUGAAAGUUAAUUCACCAACAACA